UCAAAACAAAUGUCAUUUUCACAGUACACAGUGAAGAAGUUUUCUCAAUUUUGCUCUAACAAAAUAAAAUACUAUAAUAUGCAUGCGUUCUUUCCCAAAUUAUUUUGAAUGUAUGUCGCUGAAUAAUCAAUGUACAGUUAAAUGAUUUUCUAGGCUAACAUUUGCAAUUUUAAUCGUGUUUAAUAACUACACUCGAUGACCCGAUGGAUUAGACAAGAAAAAUGUUGAGCAGAUUUUCCGAUGUUUUACAAACAGCCGCCGACGUUUUGGCUCCGCCGGCAACACGGCUGGAAGACUUCGAAUAUCAUUGGAAGAUGAUUUUGAAUUUCUAUCAAAACUAUGAUGAUAAUAGUAAGGUGCACGUUGAGGAUACACGGAUACCUCAUCACCUACAUCAGAUGUUGCAGCUGAUAGUGGAAGAAGAGAAGGAACAACAUGGAGGCACGGUGGGUCCCUGUCUCGAAGCAAUAGUCCAGCGUUCCAUAUGCAUAUUGGAUGCGCUAACAGCAUUAGCCGCAGCCGAUAGGCCUCCGGGCGCGAGAGCUCUGGCUCUGACAACGGGGACUGCACUUCUGCGGAGGACCAGGCAGCCAUGUGUUAAUAGUGCUCAUGUUUACAGACCUCUGCAAAGAAUGUUGAUCCAAUGCAACGAAAACCCCGCAUCACCCACAGAGAAAGAAGAAGUGGAACUCCUAUUAACACUCUGUGGACUGGUUCGCAAAGAGCCCGGAAUGGCCAACAUCUUCACUACUCCAUUUGUUGAAGACAAAACAAGUUUACUCAGUAUACCAGAAGAUAUUCAAAAGCUUAUACCAAUUAAAAGCAAAGUACAAACACCAAAGAAGAACCCUUUAUUUGAAGUGGAGUUACCGCCGAACCCAUUAAAGAAUGUGUCAAUCAUUAGAACAAAUAGUAAUGAAGGUUCGAGCAGUUCUGAUGAUGCUUCAUGUAAAAGCCACAAGACAGUUUACGAGGACAACGAUAAGUUCUUGUUGAUUGAUCUGCUGCUAUCUUACUUGAACAGUGCGGAUAACCAAGUUGUACUCCGAGCUUGUGAAGGCAUCAUGAUUGUGUCCUCGCUGCCUGAAGACGACAUAGCCAAUCUGGUGACCAGUUGCAGCCCUGCCUGCGAGACUAUAGUGGACAAGUUGGCCGAAAAGUACAGAAGUAUACCGGCCAACACCGACCCAGCUGAUGUAGAGCAUCUUAACAUUACUUGGGCGUAUGUGGCGCACGAUUUCGGGGACAAACACCUUAACAAGUUCCACGGUUACCGGGAACUCACCAGUUUCUUCUCGUGGCUCGACUACUGUGAUACACUCAUGAAGGAAUGCCACCCGAGCAUAGCCAGCCACCUGUCGCGCACGUUCCGGCAGAGCUUCCUGGAGCCGGCGGCCGAGGCGGGGCUGCGCGACCUGCACCACUGCGCGCUGGUGGCCGCGCUGCUCGCCAAGUGCCUCAAGGUCGUGGACUCGCCGCAUCUCAUCAAUGAGUUCUCGAACUGGUUGGUGGGCGAGGGCGAGGUGUCAGAAUGGCCGCUGUUACACACCCUGAUCAACAAUUGCCUGACGGAACACCACGAGACCACGUUACAGACUCUGAGGUUCUUUGAGACUAUAAUAGAGAAGGGCACGCCGCACAGCAUGCACCGCCUGGUGCUGUGCCGCGUGUGCGCGCGCGCGUACGCGGCGGCGCCCGCGCACGACCGCGACGAGCGCGACCGCCUCAACGACCUGCCGCUCUGGCGGGAGCGCGAGAGGAACAGGGAAGCGAUGCAACAGUUGCAACACGAGGAUCAUGUUACCGAACAGAUAGCCCACAUCAUGUCCCACGAGGGCCUGGAUGAGUCCCAGCCGUGGGCGCAGACCCACGAUUUGCACAAAACUGUUAACAGUUUCCUGCUCCUGCUGCCGCGCGCCAUUUUGUCGGACCCCGUGGGGUCGGACUACGAACACUACAUACACGACGCGCAUAGGCAUUACCAGUUCUGGUUGGAUACAACUUCCACAUUCAACUGGCCAAGCGAACACUGGACCGACAACACGGCAAGCUCAACCCACAGCUACGAUAGCCGCCCGGAGGCAGACAUACACCUAGACGAGGCGUUCGAAUCGGCAAAAACCGAUUGCCCCAGCACUAGCAUCAAUACGGAACAACACUACACCAGCACAGAUAAUCAAUUUUCACAGGAACAUGUGAAACUUAGCGAUGAUAUUGAUCACUACCACGAUAAUACUUUAACGCAAAAAAUGCUUAUGAAAAGGGAAUCUAGUCACGACACUGAACAUUGUACAGAAAGUAAAUUUACACAGAAAUUGAUUCUCAGAAAAGACACUGCGCCCAAUUCUACUCCAGAUGAAGAAUUCGACGAGGGUCCGUUCUUCAAAAUGCUGUUCAAAUUACUCGCGAAUAUGCCAUGCCAACCUUACGAGGUUAAUUUGCAUUUGACGUCUAUUAUCUCAAAGUUGGCACUCUUGCCGCAUCCGAAUCUGCACGAGUACUUGUUGAACCCGACGUUGCCAACUGCGAAAAAAACCCAGACUUUGUUCAAGACGCUACAAGAAUUGGCAAGGAGGUUGACUAUGGAGAUACCUAGAAUAAGGAAUUACAAGAAGGUGAUAGAGAAUACGAGGUUGCAACUGAUGAGUGAAGAUCCCAGCUAUGACGAGAGCGGUGAACACAACCAACUGGUGGAAAGCCUGAUAGUCCUUGAAGAGUUCUGUAAGGAAUUAGCAGCUAUAGCCUUCGUUAAACAUCAGCACUACAUACAAAUGCACAGAUAAAUUAAUAUGAACAUAUAUAUUUUUAUAGGUAAUUGAAUACCCAUUGUAAAUUCAUGUCCAAAUUUAUUAUGGAAAUAAAAGUUGUCUUACAUAAUAGGCAGAUUCGUCUAGUGAAGCUUGUACCGCGAUCCAUUAAGGGUAAGAUACCCUUGCAAAGGUUGCUUCGUGUAUAAACCUGAAUAAGCCAAUUCCGCCACCUUAGCAUGGCAUGCCCGACGCCGUUUUUAUUAAUUUGUAAGUUUUAGUGAAAUAUUUGUAGUUUUUGGUGUAUGUGUGUGUGUGUGUGCGCGCUUGUUGAUUUAAUUUGGAAAAACCACGAAUGUUGCAAACUGUUAGCCGUUUAGUAUUGUUUUUUUUAUUUUUAUUGUUAGAAUAGUCGCAAAGGCCGCUCUUAUUCUUAUUGCGGCGUCCAAUAAUUCAUCACACAAAUAAGAAUUUAUGAAGCGUUGAAAGUAUUUACGAUCUAUAAAAAUUAAAAACAAAUAUUGUAAGAAGAUUCAAUGAAAAAUACUGAACUUUUUCCCAUAAACAUGUACGCAAUGAAAUUAAACCACGAAUCUUAUGUAUUUUUUCACGAUGUUAGAAUUACAGUAAAAGUUUAAUGUGUGAUCUUGUCAUUUCGAAUUAUUAUUUGUAUUGUUACGAUAGUUUUAAUAGAAGUAUUAAAGUUCAGGGUUCGGCUUGGGUUUAUUGAAAUCUACGCUUAAUGUAUUUUCCUUUAUCAACUUAUUUUAUCGUCACAAAAUUGUUAUUAUUUUAAAUAUUAUUUAGGAUAAGAAGGAUUUAUGUUGUUCAUAUUAUUUAUUUAUAUUCACAUUUCUCUGGUCUUUUUUCCUAGCCAUUCGGAGUUAAAAUCGAUACGAGAGUAAUUUAAUUUUUUCGAAAAUCAGCUAAUUUAUUUAAGCUGUGAGAAAGUAAAUAAAAAAUGUUCUAACAUAGGGCGCAACCACGCAGUUUCCAAUAUUAAAAUAUCGUAAUCCUCCCCACUGACCAAGAAUUUAAAUAGGUUACAUUUUUUCUCAGAUAGCUAGAGUAUAUCCCAUGUGUAGAAUGGAUUGGUUUGUGUUCAAUUCAAAGCAUUUAUUAUUAGAAAUUAAUAAUUCUUGCACUGAUUUGCAGAACAAUAAUAGUAUAUAUACAUAUGUGUAUUCGCGUCUUUAUACAGAAAAUUUCUAGGUGCUAUUCACAAUAGAUUUCUAGUCGUAUUCACAUUCCUUUGGUGUAUCUUUUAUUCAUGUUAAGUUAUCAUUUCUCUUGUAUAUUAAAAGUUUUUUCAUAAAGUCAACAUAAUAUGUAGAGUAAUAUAUUGUGAUAUUUAUGAUGUAAAUUAUUUAUUAAUUUUAAUCCGUUAUAUGUCAAUGUAAAAAAAUUUAAGACAUAAAAUGAUUUUCAUAUUUGCAUGCGCAAGGCAUCUUCGAUAAGAAAUGUUAAACAAUUUUCGGUAUUAACGCCAGUACUUAUUUUGCGCAUAGUUUGUAUAAUAAUAUAUUAAAGCCUGUUUCGAAUGUUAAAUAAAAUGUAAAUCAUG